AUGUUAUUAAUUUUUAUAUCUGAAAUAAUUGAUUAUCCACCACAAAAUUUUGAAGAAAAACUUUAUUUUUUUUGUGUUUCUGCUCAAAUAUAUACAUCAGCAUUUAUUAGAUCAUCUAAUUGGAUAUUAGUUAUUGAAAGAGUAACAUCAACUUUAAAAAGAAAAGUUUAUGAACAAUGGCACAAUUAUUAUAUUUCUAUAGGUAUUUGUACUAUUAUUAUAGCAUAUGGAAGUAUUGUAAAAAAUAUUAGUUAUAUUAUUGAUGGUUUUGAAGAAAAUUAUUAUACAUUUUCAAUAGCAUUUGAUUUUAUAACAAUAUUAAUAUCAAUUUAUCUUUGGUAUAUAAAUAUAAAAUUAAGAAGAUUAACAGUUAUUGGGACUAAAAAUUUAUCAGAAAAAUUUCAGAUAAAUGAAAAUAUUUGCCUAAUAAAAUUUACAUUACCAUUUAUUAUUUCAUAUAUCAUAAUAAAUACAGCAUUUAACUUUUUACUUGAUUUUGGUGGAACACUUAUAUCUGAUGAGGACCUUAUAUUAGCAUAUAAUGAUUUUUGUGUUUUUUUUGCUUAUUUAAUAAUAUUUCUAUAUGUUUUGAUAAAAAAUAAGUUUAUUAAAUGUUUUUAUCAUAAUGAUAACAGGGAAACAGUAUCAUUAACAAGAACUUUAAAAAAUAUUGAAAAUACACAAAAUAAUGUAACAGGAAAAACUGAUCUUAAUUCAAAACAAUCUCAAAAAAAUGUAAAAAGUAUAAAAAUUAAUGGAAAAAAUAUUCCAACAAAUUUUAAUAAUGAAACAUAUUAUCGUAUCAUAACAAAGUCAUGGUAA